AUGGUUGUCAACACUCCCGCUACCUGCUGCCGCUCCGGCGACAACGUCGAGUGCGCUUGUGCCCAGAAGGCCACUUGCUCGUGCGGUCAGAAGUCCGCCCUUCAAUGCACAUGCGCCAAGGCCCCCGCCGAGAACACCGUCAACGGCCCCCGAUGCUCAUGCCGAGCCCGUCCUGCCGGCGAGUGCACCUGCGACCGAGCUGCUACUGAGAACGCUACCCCCAACGGUGCUACAUGCGCUUGUGGAUCUCGACCUUCUGGUGGCUGCACUUGCGAGAAGGCUGCCGAUGGUGGCUUCAACCCUGCCAACGAGAUUGACUUUACUACCCAGAAGUAA